AUGGAUCCACGUGUCGUUGCCUACAAGAAGUACCUUGCACACGCUAAUAGCUCAGUGUUCUAUAGAUUUGAUAAAAUCGAUCAACUACCACCGGGAACAGCAGUGGAUCCCUUCUUCCUGUUUGAUCGUCUAGUCGGUGGAGUGAUCAACCGUAUGCUCUUUUCGGUACCCAUAGACGAGGAGGAAGAAAUGAAGUUCUACGGAUAUAGAAAAGACAUGGACAAGUUUUUUGAAAAGCUGACUUUCACCUUCACAUUUGUGAGGAGCUGGAUGCUGAAGAUACCAAUUAUCAAUUUAGGAUGGAUGAAACUGUUAAAGCCUAUGCUGGACAUAAAAGAGUUCUUUAGAAAGCAGGUAGAGGAAAGAAAGCGUGCCAUAGAGGAUGGAAGCCAUGUGAUAGAUGUUGAACCGCAGGACUACACUGAUGCCUUUAUUCAGAAGAUGAAUGAGGACGCCAAGCAGGGUGUAAAGGAUAGCACAUUUGAGUGGGUUGAAGAUCAUCUUUGUAAAACUCCUUCUCCAGAGGAUUACUUUUUAAAAUUUCUCUGUUGA